CACGCUCGUCAGAGAUGCGCUCGUGUGUCAGGAUAGGCUACUUUCAGAUUGAUGCGUCAUAGUAGUUCUCAUCCCGAUCACUUUUGGCGCGAUUCUGGAGAUUUAAUUCUGACAUCCGCGUCUGAUUGAAGUGAGCAGUUAGAAGAACACUGGACUGCACUUUCGCGGGUUUUUUGGUGCGGCGUAACUAAUGUUCGGUCACCUGUGCGAGCAGGCAGGUGGUCUCCGAGAAUAUACGUGGACUUGGAGAACGAGCAAUUGACUCCAAACUAGCCCACAAUGACAGACAGGAUGACACAGGAGACGCGAGUACCCUCUCGAAAACACAGCGCCUCCCACUGGAGACUCCAGAACAUCGCUCAAGAGUCUGUGGAAAGCUCUGACGAGGAGUUUUUUGAUGCCCGAGAUGUCAUGGAGGGGAAGACGGCUUUACUCCUGGAAAUGAGCCAGUGGAACUCAAAUGACCUGGUGGAGCAGAUCGAGACACUGGGACACCUGGAGCACUCCAGAGAGAGCCUUUACAGACUGCGGCACCCUCGAUGUGCACCUCAGAGCAGCGUGGACGGUCUGGAAGAUAUGGAGAGGAAGUGCAGGACGCAGUUACUCAUCCUGGUGAUUCAUGGAGGUCAUAUCUUGGACUCUGGAGGUGGCGAUCCUGGAGGGAAGGCGGGAGACGCUGCCACUCUGGCGUCUGUGUUGGAGCGUGUGGCGCGGGCACAUUUCCAGGCGGCCGCAGACAGCAUGCUGGUCAGACUGGUGCCCUGCCCACCCGUGUGUGCUGAUGCCUUUACCCUGGUCUCCAAUUUGAACCCCUACAGCUACGAUGAAAACUGUGUGUCCACCAGUGUGGAUCAUCUGCCGCUGGCCGCUCUCCCCAUCCUUGCCAUCGCUGCCCCUCAUUACCAGAAUGCUGUCGCUGCGGUUAUUGCUCAGGCAAACCAGGUUUACAGAAACUUCCUUCAGUCCCCAGAGGGAGUGGGCUUCACAGGACAGGUGUGCCUGGUGGCAGACUGUGUUGGCGGUGUCCUUUGUUUUGACGCCUUGUGUUUCAGUGGUGACAAGCAGCACAGAAGCCCUGAGGGUGGCAGCACGAACAACAGUACAGAGAGUCUGAAGGAGAAGCCAGGUGUGGUGAACUCUCUGAGCCCCACACUCCGAGGCAGCAAACGCCUGAGCAAGAGCAACAUUGAUGUGUCAACCCCGUGCGAUGUGCUGUCUGGAAUCCGCCAUCCGCUCAUCCGUAAGCAGAGCGACUCGUGUGAUGCAGACGUGGCCAGCGGUCAGCGAGAGGUUUUCAUCAGCAGUCUGUCUCAGGACGAUCAGUGUGGCUCCAGGCAGGCUCUCAGUCCAGGCUGCUUUGAGUUUGAAGUAUCAGACUGCUUUCUGCUGGAUGCCCACUGGGACAGUGCUGCGAUGAGGAGAACGGUGGUCCCUGGCGUGGAUGUGGCUCAGCUCAGGCCAGCUUGUUCGCAGAUUUUUAAUCUGUUUUACCCAUCGGACCCCUCUGCCUCACGCCUGGAGCCAUUAUUGCACUCAGUUCUCACCCAGUUGCCUCCUUUUCCUGUUCCCCGGUACCAGCGCUGCCCUCUGGGUGAUGGACGCUCCACUCUCAUUGUGGACACGGUGCUCAGACAUGUGACAGAGGGUGGUGUUUCUGCAGAUGGAGCAGCGGAUCAGUGCUAUGGAGGAAGUGUGUCUCGCAGAGGCAGUGAUCGAGCUGUUCCACUCGGCUCUGAGGGCACUGCCCCGAGCGAGCCUGUUAGCAUCUCACAAGUAUGCAGUAGGUGGUGGGGUUCGAAGAGGUUAGAUUAUGUGCUGUAUUGUCCAGAUGUGCUCACUACAUUUCCUACAAUAGCUCUGCCUCACCUGUUUCACGCUUCAUACUGGGAGUCCACAGAUGCUGUGGCUUUUAUUCUUAGACAGGUAAUGCGGUGUGACUGUCUGAAAGCCGGAGAGGCUGAUUGUUCGGACGCUAUUCCCAUCUCUCCAUCCAGUCCCCGAGAGAAAUGGCUUCGCAGACGAACACAUGUCAAACUACGGAACAUAACAGCCAAUCACAGAGUGCAUGAUGUCAUCGUGACAGAAGACGGGCCGCAGACGCUGGUGGGACGCUUUAUGUAUGGACCUUUGGACAUGGUCACUUUAACUGGAGAGAAGGUGGAUGUGUUUUUAAAGACUCAGUCUGGGUCUGGCCGCUGGGUGCUGUUCGACACUGUGGUGACCAGCAGCAGUGGACGCGUGUCCUACACCAUUCCUGAUAAUAAAAGACUGGGGGUCGGUGUUUACCCCAUCAAAAUGGUGGUCAAAGGCGAUCAGACGAGUGCAGAGGCUUUUCUCACAGUGCUUCCACAGGGAAUGGAGUGUGUGGUGUUUAGUAUUGAUGGCUCCUUCGCCGCCAGCGUUUCUCUUAUGGGUAGCGAUCCCAAAGUCCGGCCUGGAGCUGUGGAUGUGGUCAGACACUGGCAGGAUCUGGGAUAUCUGAUCAUCUACAUCACGGGCCGUCCUGACAUGCAGAAGCAGAGGGUGGUGUCUUGGCUCUCUCAGCACAACUUCCCUCAGGGAAUGGUCUUCUUCUCUGAGGGACUCGUUCAUGACCCAUUGCGUCAGAAAACCAUUUUUUUGAAGAGUCUGGUGAAAGAGUGUCACAUUAAGAUCAGUGCAGCAUAUGGCUCUAUGAAGGACAUGUCCGUGUACAGCACACUUGGACUGGCACCUAAUCAGAUAUACAUUGUUGGCAGACCAUCGAAGAAACAUCAGCACCAGUGUCAGUUUCUGAGUGAAGGCUACGCAGCUCAUCUCUCUACUCUUGAGUUUGAGCAUGGAUCUCGCUCUAAAAAGAACCGCAUGGUGCUUCGUCAGGGAUCGUUUGGCCUUUCCUCCAAAACGGACUUCCUGUCUCCAUCCCCGGACUUCCUGUCCUGCAAACGCACUCCGCUGCUGCGCCGGGCCAUGUCUGUCCAGCAGCCAUCUCCACCCUCGUCAUCUGUCUCCACACCCAAACCUGAGCGAGCGCAGAGCCAGCCUGAGUCACAUAAAGACGGACCUGAGAUUCGCAUUCAAUAUGAUGAUCAAGAUGAAGAGGAGGAAGAAGAGGGGAGAAUACAGGAUGUUGUGUUAUAAAGGAACUCCAUGAGUUCUGCUGAAGUCCUUUGUUGAUGGACCACACACAUCUGAUAGACACAAGAAGACACAUUGCAUUUUCCAACAUCAAGAUCUCAUCUUAAACAACUGUUCAACUGUUCAUCCCAAACACAAUGAUGGACAAGAACGGCUCAGCAAGCCGUUUUCAAACAAUCUACAGAUCAUACAAUCCCAUUAGACU